GUUAAACUUAUAAUUUAAAAUAAAGUGAAAUAAUUAUAAAGGUUGUGCAAUAUUAUCAAUUUUUAAAAAUUUAAGUAAAGUGGCUGCGCCAAAAGUGGAUUACUCGAAAGUAAAAUUAAACAUAAACAUUGAUACAUGUUUUAGGAUGGCUUUAGCCAGGCUGCCAGUGGUGAGUGAGUGCUCGCCGCAGCAGACAGCCAGAGUGUCGGUGGCGGCGGGUUCGUCGGGAUCGGUGAGUGCAGCAGCAUCGGCUGCCGCGGCAGCUGCCGUCGUGGCCGGUGCACCUAGCAGUAGUACCAUGUCCGUAUCCCGGGUGCCCAGCCCGCCUCCUUCUUCUGAGGCGAAUACACCCGUGGCGGAAAACUGGUGCUAUACACAGGUGAAGGUCGUAAAGUUUAGUUACAUGUGGACCAUUAAUAACUUCAGCUUUUGUCGGGAAGAAAUGGGUGAAGUUUUAAAAUCGUCUACAUUCUCUGCUGGAGUAAAUGAUAAACUCAAAUGGUGUUUGCGAGUAAAUCCUAAAGGCUUAGACGAAGAGAGCAAAGACUACCUGUCUUUGUAUUUAUUACUAGUCUCAUGCAACAAGACUGAGGUUAGAGCAAAAUUCAAAUUUUCAAUAUUAAACGCUAAACGAGAAGAAACCAAGGCUAUGGAGAGUCAGAGAGCUUAUAGGUUCGUUCAAGGAAAAGAUUGGGGGUUCAAAAAAUUUAUUAGACGCGAUUUUUUAUUAGAUGAGGCUAAUGGCCUUUUACCCGACGACAAACUUACCAUAUUUUGCGAGAUGGCUCGUUUGCAGGUAAGCGUUGUAGCUGAUAGUGUAAACAUAUCCGGCCAGUCCAAUUCGGUUCAGUUUAAAGUGCCUGAAUGUCGUUUACCGGACGACUUGGGCAAUUUAUUCGAAAUACAAAAAUUUAGUGAUGUAACACUUUCGGUUAGUGGGCGAGAAUUUCAAGCACAUAAAGCUAUACUUGCUGCGAGAAGUCCCGUGUUCGCUGCAAUGUUUGAACACGAGAUGGAAGAACGUAAACAAAAUCGAGUCGCCAUUACUGAUGUAGAUCACGAAGUUCUUAGAGAAAUGCUUCGGUUUAUCUACACCGGUCGAGCAGCAAACUUGGAAAGAAUGGCGGACGAUUUGUUAGCGGCCGCAGACAAGUACGCUUUAGAGAGGCUGAAAGUCAUGUGCGAAGAAGCACUAUGUAAUAAUCUGUCGAUCGACAACGCAGCUGAUAUAUUAAUACUAGCUGACCUACACAGUGCGGACCAACUCAAAGUACAAACCAUCGAGUUUAUUAACACUCAUGCGACCGAUGUGAUGGAUACCACUGGUUGGAAAACCAUGAUACAGUCGCACCCACACCUAAUAGCAGAAGCGUUUCGCGCGCUAGCUACACAGCAAAUACCGCCAAUUGGUCCGCCUCGGAAACGUGUCAAACAAAGCUGAAACGGACCGUCCACCGCGGUGAUGCAGACUUACGAUCUCACCAGCCCACCACCCCCACCCAUCAACUCUUCCAGGGCGCACAUUUUGUAAAUUUAUAUAAUUUUUUUUUUUUUAUUCGUGAAAUCAUAUUUUUUAAUUUUUUUUUUUUUUUGUACAUAAAUAUGUUAUAUCUAAAAAUAAGAAAAUUCCUAAAAUGCAAGUAGCUUGUUUGCUGAUAAAGCGUUUGGAUAUGUUUGUAUUCUCACAAUGUAUUGUAAAAAAAAAAAAAAUAUGGCUUACGGCAAUAGCCGUUGGAACGGCAUAUGUGAUAUGAGUGAUAUUUGCAGCCUAACCUUGUAUAAUUUUUUUUAAUAUGUUACAUUAUAUUAAACAUUCAUUAUAAUACAAGUACUAUUAUUUUAGUUAGUUCCAUUAUUAUUGUUAAUAAUAUAUAGGUUGGUUUGCAUAAAUCUAUAAGAGCACACAAUUUUGAUGGUCCAUUGAAUUAUUUAAAUACUCGUUUUCCAUUUAUUAAAGGGGUUCCUAAAUUGUUUUGAAUCUAUUUUAUGCAACUCAGCCAUUAGAUUUAUAAUAAACAAUAUUACAUAAUAUUUAGCAUUAAAAAAAACGAACUUUGAUGUUAACUAUAUAAAAUAGGUCUCGUUAUGAAAUUUUUCAUUAAAACCGAUUAAAAUGGAUACUUAUUGUUGUAAUGUAAACUAUAUGGACAGUUUACACUUUCUGUUAUACUCGGUUUUUAAUUUCUAACUUUUUCUUUUUUUUUCUUUUGUGUGUUCAUAAAAAUAACAUAAUUUAGAUGUAAAUACUUAAUAAUUUGUAAGACCAACUGAGAAAAGAGACUGAAGAAAUUUUCUUUAAAUAUAUACCUCAGUUCGUAAAUUAAUAAACGUUUUUAUUGAGUCGAUAUUACAUUUAUCAAACAACAUAAGGAUAUAAUAAUUAUAAUUUAUUUAUUUUCUGUUGUUAUUGAUAUUAUUAUUUUUUAAAUAACAAUUAUUAUUAUCAUUAUUAUUAUUAUACCUCUUGAAGUUUAUUCGGUGUUGUUGAACGUGAUCGACCAAGUUUCUGUUCCUUGUAAUUAUAAAUAAGAAUUUUUAGUCUCUUUUCUCAGUGUAUUCUUUUCUUUUAUUAUUAUUUGUUUUUCCUCUGUUGCAAACGGAAAACAAUCAAACACAAGCCUUUCCAUGUUUAUUUUUCCGAAUUUAUUUUAUUCGUGUGAUUCGCUUGUUGUGUGUUUACCUGUUUAACAAUAUCUACGUCAUUCGAUUACAUAAUUAAGAUAUUGUGAAUAAUUUUAGACUAGACUCGAAGUAUUGUUUUUUCGAAAUAAAAACACUCGUCUUUCAAUCCUAA